AGAAACGGAAAAAGGGAUAAGGCACGCUCCCCCUUCUCCGCCCCCUCACCGGAGGCGACUCGCGCGCGAGCUUCUCUGUUGGGGACGGCGAGGCCUCGGCUUCGAUUGAUUCCCCUCCAUUCCCGCAGCCUCAUCUCCACCCAUCACCCUAGCUACGCGCAUCGACAUCAACCUUUUCUCUUCCUUUCUCCUCGCGUGGGCGAGCCCUAGCGCGGGUUCAUUCUCGGCGCGGCGGCGCUGCGAGCCCUUCCCGCCGGAAGUUCGCCAGUGCGGUGGGCGCGGCUGCCGGUUCUGCCUCAAAGGUGCUCCGUCCACUGCUCGAGUUUGGUGAUUGAAAUCCCCGCAUCCCAUUUGCAUUUGGCGCGGGUAUGGCUGCGGUUUGGAGCGGCUGCAGCACAAGCCGCGGUUCCUUCAGCCAGGAGCUGCCCCGGCGUAGCGCGAAGGGCGGCCAGGGCACGAGAGUCCGUCCAGCGACCGGCGGCCGGAGCAGAGGUGACGCCCGUCCGGUAAGCGGCGGCGCGGUGACGGCGAGAGGGGCGCGUGUUUGCAGAGCGGCUCCGUGCGUCCUCGAAUCUGAUGUCACCGGCAAGGAGGAGUCCGACUUGGGGGUUCGGGGCGUGGAAGAUGAGCGACCUGGUGCUGCUGGUUUCGAUUACCACCAGAGGCACGGGCUCCGGCGCCGUCCGGCGAGGCCGGCUGCCGUGGAGAAGGACCCUGUGGGCGCGAGAAGCGUGCCAUCAGCGUCAGCUUCAGAGCCGGCGGAUAAAUUCGAGCGUGAGGGAUCAAGGCUGCACUUCCUGGAAGAGAGGGAUGAGGAAUUGCUGUCCAGAAGGUUGAUGAAGCUGAGCCAGUUCAACAAGGUCAGGAGUGCCAUAGAGCUGUUUGAUUCAAUGCUGGCGUCUGGCCUUCAGCCCAACUCGCACGCCUGUAACUCCCUUUUGGCCAGUUUUGUCCGCAGAGGUUCCUCCAUGGACGCCAUGAAGAUGUAUGAGUUCAUGAAGGGGAAAGGAUUGGCAACUGGCCAUACAUACACCUUGAUACUCAAGGCUGUUGCGAGGACCGAGGGCUAUAUGUCUGCCUUGCAAAUGUUCAGUGAGAUUGAAGAGUGCGCUGAAUCGAGGGAAACCCUUGAUGUGAUUGUGUACAACACUAUGAUAUCUGCAUGCGGAAGAGCGAAAGACUGGAGGCAAGUGGAGAAACUGUGGGGAAGGCUAGCAGAGAACUCUUUAAGUGGGACUUUGAUGACUUAUGAUUUGUUGGUUAGCACAUUUGUGCAAUGUGGACAGUCUGAGUUAGUUAUUGCUGCUUAUGAGGAAAUGCUCCGCGACGGGCUUGAUCCAAGUGAAGACAUAAUGAAGGCCAUCAUUGCCUCGUGCACCAAAGAAGGGAGGUGGGAGUUUGCGCUGGCCACAUUUAGGAGAAUGUUGAGUGCUGGCAUGAAGCCCAAUAUCAUUGUGUUUAACUCGGUUAUCAACUCACUUGGAAAGGCUGGUGAAGACGAGCUCGCCUUUAGGAUGUACCAUCUUCUAACAUCUUCAGAACUUGAGCCUGAUCAAUAUACAUGGAGCGCAUUGCUGUCAGCGUUGUAUAGGUCUGGUCGAUGCUGGGACGCCCUAGAGCUUUUCCAAGGAAUUAAAUCCAAGCAUCCAUCUGUCUUAAACAGUCAUCUCUACAAUAUAGCUUUGAUGUCUUGUGAAAGACUUGGUCAAUGGGAGCAUGCUUUGCAAUUGUUGUGGAUGAUGGAAAAAAGCGGACUGCAAAUUUCAGCCGUCUCUUACAAUCACGUGAUACGUGCUUGUGAGGUUGCUUGUGAGCCAAAAGUUGCUCUGAAAGUAUACCGGCGUAUGACUCAUGAAAGGUGCUCACCAGACACAUUCACACAUUUAUCUGUUAUAAGAGCUUGCAUUUGGGGAUCUCUUUGGGACGAAGUAGAGGAUAUACUGGAGGAGGUCGCUCCAGAUUCUUCGAUCUACAACACGGUCAUACACGGGCUUUGUUUGCGUGACAAGAUCAGAUUAGCCAGGAGGGUGUACACAAAAAUGCGGAGCAUUGGGCUAACACCAGAUGGCAAGACAAGGUCGUUCAUGCUGCAGCACAUCACGUCAGCAGAGUAGCCCUAGCACUAGCUUUUUGCUGUACAGAUCUGAACGUGCAAUGCAAUCACAUAUGUAACCUACCUACUAUCACUACACUUAAACAAGCAUUUUCUUAACUUGUUUGAGUAAAGAUACACGUUAAAGCUGAAAUGGUUAUGCUGGCGCA